CACCGUUCUUGAUGUGAUGGUGGAGCUAUUGUUACACCACCGCCACGAGCGCCACCACGAUGGUCACUGCGUCGGAAGCAAAGAAGGUCGAACCUCCGCGAGGUGUGCCUGUGAGCGGCCGGUCGUGGAAAAAGCCACAGCGCGCAAAGAACUCGAUGAUGACGUUCAAAGCGACGAAGACGCUGAGCACGACGUGGGACGAAAAGAUGGCGGCCAAGGCCAAGAAGAAGGAAAUGAAGGAGCUCGAGCACGAGAUCGCGAACCGUAAAAAACAGGAAAAGAUUGACAAGCGCGUCGCUCGCGAAGAGAAGGAGAAGCGACGCAUUGCCAACGAAUUCAAGGCGUCGACGCUGCAAGUGAUCAAGAAGACGCACAAGCUCAAGACCAUGAGCAAGAAGCAGCUGCGCAACAUCAAGAAGACACGCAUGAACAAGAACGGCGAGAUCGAGCUCGUCCCGGCGUACUCCAAGUAAUAGGUCUUAUUUUACUUAACGUUAUAUCCUCACUCUUCCACCA